AUGUCGACGCACAGAGCCCUUGUACUUCACUCCCGGGAUAAGCCGCUUGUCCUUGAAACUCUCAACCGUCCCAUUGCAUCAACAGGCGACGCAAUUGUCCGCAUAUUGGCUGCUGAUAUCGUCCCAUACAUGGGAGAAGUAAUAAGCAACAAGCGGCCUUACCCCCUCUCCCUGCCUAUGACCCCGGGGAAUACUGCCAUCGGGCGAAUCCACGAAGUAGGGCCGGACUCCGUUGCUCUCAAACCAGGUCAAUUGGUAUUCUGCGACAUUACAAUUCGCGCCCGAGACAACCCUGCCGUAUCUAUUCUAUAUGGUAUUCACGGGGGCGGAUAUCCCGCCGCACAAAAAUUGAUGGAAGGAGUUUGGCGCAACGCAACAUACGCCGAGUACACGCGGUUCCCAUUAGAAAAUCUUUACCAACUUGAUGAGAAUCUUCUUCUGACAAAACUGGGAUACAGCAUCAGCGACCUAUGUCUGAUGCCUGUAUGUCUCGUUCCGUUUGGUGGUCUUUCAGAGGUCGACGUAAAAUCUGGCGAGGUGGUCAUCGUGGCCCCAGCAACGGGGCGUUAUGGCGGCGCCGCUGUUAGCGUUGCAUUGGCAAUGGGCGCAACCGUCAUCGCCGCUGGGAGGAAUAUGGAUGCUUUGGACAAGCUUAAGAAUAUUCAUUGCACAUAUCGGCUAAAGACUGUCCAGGUCACCGGCGAUGAGGCUGCUGAUGCGGAGUUGUUUCGAGCCGCGGCUGGAAGGACGGAUGGAGCAGAUGUUUACCUCGACCUUUCCCCACCAGCAGCUAAGGGAUCGACUCUUCUGGCAUCUGGAAUCAAGUCGUUGCGUGCGUUUGGCCGAUGUGUUUUGAUGGGUGGAAAUUUGGGAAAUGUCGACUUUCCAUAUCUUGACAUCAUGUUCAAGAGUAUUCGGAUCCAAGGGCGAUUUAUGUAUGAUCGGCGACAUGUGUUGCAGAUGAUCCAGAUGAUUGAGUCGGGAUUACUUCCUCUUGGUCAGAAGUCGGGUAUCACUCGCACGGAGGAGUUCGGACUUGAGGAGAUCGAAGGGGCAUUGGAGGCGGCUGGGAAUCUGAGUGGUUGGGGUGGGCAUAUUGUGUUGAAACCAUAG